AUGGCUAACAUCUUCCUGAAGGACUCUUCCGACUCCGACUCCGACAGCGACUCAUCCGACUCUGACUCUGAAGAGGAGGUCAAGAAGGCCGAGGAGCCUAGCAAGAAGCGCAAGGCCGAGGAGGCCCCUGACGCUUCUUCCAAGAAGGUCAAGGUCACCGCUGAGGGUCAGUUCGGUGAGCCCAGCAAGGUUCUCUUCGUUGGUGGUCUCUCAUGGAACGUCGACGAGGACUGGCUCUCCAAGGAGUUCGAGGAGUUCUCUCCUGUCUCCGUCAGAGUCAUCACCCACGCCGACUCCGGCCGCUCCAAGGGUUUCUCUUACGUAGAGUUCGCCGACGUUGAUGCCGCCACCCAGGCUCUCAACGCCAAGCACGGUACCGACCUUGAUGGCCGUACCCUCAAGUGCGACUUCAGCACUCCCAGAGACAACAGCAACCGUAGCUACGACAAGAGCCAGGUUGGUGCCCGCGCCAACGCUUUCGGUGACAAGCAGCAAAGCACUCCUUCUACCACUCUCUUCGUUGGUAACGUUUCGUUCAACACCACCACCGACAGCCUUACUGGCUACUUCUCCGAGUACGGUAGCAUCAACAGCAUCCGUCUCCCUACCGACCGCGAGACUGGCGCCCCCAAGGGCUUCGGUUACGUCGAGUUCGGCUCCGUCGAGGAGGCCAAGGCCGCUCUCGAGGGCCUGAACGGCGCUGAUGUCGACGGCCGCAACAUCCGUCUGGACUUCGCUGCUCCCCGUGACAACAACGGUGGCGGCGGUGGCUUCGGCGGCCGCGGUGGCGGUCGCGGAGGUCGCGGCGGCUUCAACGACCGUGGUGGUCGUGGCGGUGGCCGCGGUGGCCGUGGCGGCUUUGGCGAUCGUGGUGGUCGCGGUGGCCGUGGUGGCGGUCGUGGUGGAUCUACCAACCGCGGCGGCUUCGGCGACUUCCAGGGCAACCGUGUGUCUUUCGACUAA